AUGGCGUCUCAAACCGGCGACGCCGCCUUCCUAGCGGAGAGUCGUCAAAAUGAAGUCUACGCAACUCAUAUCGCCUUCUUCAUUAUGAUGAUGCUUAUAGUUCCGUGUCGAUUCUUCUCAGCAAGGAUAACAGACAAGAAGUUGGGAUGGGAUGACUGGCUUGCAUACUUUGCCGCUUUCAACACCAUAGGCGUCUUCAUCGGAAGUAUGCUAUGGCUUCGAUUCGGCCUCGGGAGACAUCUCACGUGGGUUGUACAAGACGAUCCCAAGAAUAUUGAGCGCUUCUUCAAGACGAUUGUGGCCAACGAGAUGUUCUAUACCACAGCUUUGGCUUGUGCCAGAUUGUCACUGGUGGCCUUCUUCUACCAGAUCUUUGGUGUAUCGAGCAUGCGUUACUUUCUCCAUGGAUUUGUUUUUCUCAUCAUUUCCUGGGCCAUCUCAACAUAUGUUCCGUCCAUCCGUACAUGCUGGCCCAUACACACCUUUUGGGACGGUACACAGCAGAAUUGUAUCGACCUGUCCAAAUUUUACGUCGGAGUCGCCAUUGGUGGAAUCAUCACGGAUAUUGGCUUGAUGAUCUUGCCUCUUCCUUAUAUCUUUACUCUCAAGGUCCCGUUGUAUCACAAGAUCUUGAUUGCAAUGAUGCUCAUCUUCGGAAGCUUCGCGUGUUUCGUUACCAUCAUCCGACUGACUAAAGUCAUCACUGUCGAUCUUCUGGAUCCAACAUGGGGGACAGUCGACCUAAUGAUCUGGACAGGCAUGGAAGUCUACAGUGCUGUUAUAUGUUGCUGUCUUCCAACUAUGCGCCCUUUGAUCAAGUUUGUCUGGAAGAAGUGCGGCUUGAAGAAUCUGAGUUCAAGCGGCAAUACAGAUGGCUCGAUGCCAGCAUCCACUACGGAGGGCAUUUGGAGUCGCAAGUCCCGCCAGACCUCACGACAUCAACAAGAUACUAUACUUGGAAAUGGCAAUGCAGAUGAGUUGGAGUUAACGAAGUGUGCUUAUUAUGAGCUACGUUCAGAUAAUCGUGCGCAUACGAGCUCACAAACUUCGAUUACAGAGCAUGUACAUCAGCAAGUUUAA